AUGAACGAUAGUACUAAUACUACAAUGUCGACCAAUGGUGGCAAUAGUCCUUUUGAUUCAGGUGACAAUUCUUGGAUGUUAACAUCAACAGUAUUAGUACUAUUAAUGACACCUGCACUGGCCUUUUUCUAUGGUGGUAUGGUUGAUCGAAAGAAUAUUUUAAAUCAACUAUUUUUAUCAUUUAUUUGUAUGGGCAUUGUAACUGUACAAUGGGUUCUCAUUGGUUUUUCAUUUGCAUUUGGUCCACCUGUAAGCGAAGGUUUUGGUUCAUUCGGUUGGUCAGUAUUACGUUUUGGUGAAGUAGAAAAUAUAAACUAUAGUCCUACAUAUUCUCUAUUGACAUUUUGUAUGUUUCAAUGUACAUUCGCAAUUAUUACACCAGCUCUCAUUUCUGGUUCUAUUGUUGGUCGAAUGAAAAUGAUUCCGUACAUGAUAUUCAUAUUUAUUUGGGCCACAGUCUGCUAUGAUCCAAUGGCACAUUGGGUUUGGGGUAGCAAUGGAUGGUUGAAAACUUUGGGAACACUCGAUUUUGCUGGUGGAACUGUUGUUCAUAUUCUUUCGGGCGUCUCCGGUAUUACAGCCUCGAUCAUUUUAGGAAAACGACACGAUUAUGAUCCAUACAGUACUUCUGCUCAUAAUCUUCCAUUUACAAUUUUGGGAACAUGCCUUUUGUGGGUGGGUUGGAACGGAUUCAAUGGGGGUUCUGCUGGUUCUGCCAGUGAUUUGGCAGCUAUAGCUGUAGUCAAUACAAAUACAGCCGCUGCUUCAGCAUUGGUAACAUGGGUAGUGAUCGAUGCUGUACGUGGUCACAUUUCAAUAUCAGGCGCUUGUACGGGUUCUAUUGUUGGUCUUGUAGCUAUUACACCAGCUUGUGGUUAUGUUCAACCUGGCUGGGCAUUACUCAUUGGCAUUAUUGGAUCGAUCAUUGUCUAUUGUAUGUUGUUGCUCAAGCGAUAUAUGCGAUUCGAUGAUACACUAGAUGUGGCUAUUGUUCAUGGUUGCGGUGGUAUAUCUGGUGCUUUUAUGACUGGCCUAUUCGCUCAACAAUGGGUUAACCCAAGUGGUGGUGCUAAUGGUGCAUUUUAUGGACAUCCUAUUCAACUUUGGUAUCAAAUUGCAGGCAUUCUUACUGCCAUUGGUUUCGCUGCUGCAUGUACAGCCGGAAUUCUGCUUCCAUUACACUUUACCAUCGGUAUUAGAUUAGCGCGUGAGGAUGAACUUACAGGACUCGAUCUAGCAGCUCAUGGUGAGAAUUGGGAAGCGGCUGCAACGCGUGCUGCUGCCGAUCUUGUCCAAGAAAUGCGACAACAACAAGAACAAAGUGGAAACGGAAUCGAUUAUGCACACGACAAUGGAACUUUUGAACUGUCAUAUAAACCUUCCGAUUCCAGUGUCAAACCGAUCACAAUAAAAUAUGCUGCUCUAGGUUCAUUACCAUGUAUAAUGCCUACUUUGAAUUUUAAAGAGAAUCGUAAUCAACAAGAAACUGCUAUUCAGGCAGGAAGAGACCGUAACGGUUCAACAGUGACAGAUAAUGAAUUUCAAACAAUGCAGUUUUGA